AUGGCUCCUCCAAAAUCUUCCAGCAGCAAACAUUCUAAGAAGACUCAAGGUUCACCUCUUCAUCCUGCGCAUGAGUUGAAGGGACCAAUGGUUAUUGGAAACCAACAAUACGUUCCUGAACCUCCCAAUGAGAGAGAGAAGGAAUGUAUCUAUAAAUCCCAGGUAUUAAUUCCUGUUCUUGUUUCUGGAAUUUGUCACGCUAUGUUAGGUCCACUCCCCAAUCCAGAUAUUAAACGAGAUCGUCUGAAAGAAUUUUUUCCCACCUAUUUCCAUACCAAACCCAUAGGUGCUGGAGUAAAACUUCAACCUCAAGAGAAAACUGUAGAACAAAAUGACCCACAAAGUUCGACUGAUGAUGGAGAGUUGAAUUUAACUUAUUUGAAUUAUACUAGGAUCUUUAGAACUUGUCCAUGGUCGAAAGACCCUUCAGACUAUUUAUCCUGGCUAGACAAGGUUGAAAAGAUUAAAGGAGAUUUCUGGAAGGAAAUAGGUAUUUUCGACCUCAUUCAAUUGUCGAGAGCAGGACCCAACAUUUUCCCAAACAUGCUUUUAGCUUCCCUCUAUUUUUGGGACAGUACCUAUAACACUUUUCACCUUCCUUGUGGGAUGGUCACACCCACUCUCUUCGACGCAGCAACCAUCGUUGGCCUUCGUCCUAAUGGGAUAGAUUUCGACCCCACCAACCUAAAUGAAGAUACUAUAGCUUUCGACAGUAACUGUGCUCCAUACUCUUUAUUCAUGUCUCAUUAUCAUGACGAGGAUACCACAGAAGUCUCGGAUGUCGAACAUAUAGCCUUUUUAACUCUAUGGCUAUCAAAAUAUGUGUUUUUCUCCCGUUCCCUCCAAGUUGCCAAAAGAUUCAUCACUAUGGCCAAUCAGCUUCACGCAGGAACCAAACUAUGCUUAAGUGAAAUGAUUUUGGCGAAUCUUUACGAAUCCUUGAGUGAGAGUGUAAGUUUUUUGAAAACCAUCAAAGACCAAGGUAAAAUCAAUUUGUCAGGACCUUUCUGGCUUUUACAAUUAUGGCUCAAUGCCACAUUUGAAGCUUCUCUUCCUGUAAAACACGAACUGAACGAAGAAAAAGUGAAGGACAGGACUGUCGAAUGGCCUAGGUUGGUGCAACUAACGUCAACUGAUGAAGGAAUUAGCCUUCGACAAGCUUUCAACGGUUAUGUCAUGAUGUUUGCCAAAAGGUAUCAUUUUACUUCGACCAUGGCACCCUUUGCUAGUAGAAAAAUUGGACCUGAAUGGUUUACCCAACAACUGCCCUUGGAAAUGCAGAAGGAUGAGAAUAUAUUUUUGGAUGUGUGGGAAUCAUUUUUAACCCCUAGGCUCCUUUUUUCCCAUCGUAACGCAACCAAAACCCAAAUAGCUUUGAUAGUCUACCAACCCAAUCUCGUUGCUAGACAGUUUGGCUUGAUCCAAAUAAAGCCUCGACCCAUCUUUCCAAAGAAAGGAUCUAUCAUUUUUUACAACUCCCUUCAUAAUGAAGAGGAGAGCAAAGAGUUGUCGAAGAAGCUGACUGAUGACUCUCUUGAUAUUCGACCAGUGAUCUUUCGACCAUCUUUUCUCUGUACUCCUGAGUUUGAUGAGUGGUGGAAGGAUUAUUAUUCUACCAGAUUUUUUGACGUAAUAGCCUUCACCACACAUUUAACAAAUGCUUUUGCUUUCGUGCAGAAUCGGACCAAAAAAGCCGUAAAGAUUCCUACCAAGAAAGCUUCCGUUGAAGCGUCACCAAGUGCUGCUAAGAAAUCUUCGACAAAGUCGAAGGAUACAAAGAGUGGGAAAUCUAGUUUUAAUACUGAGAUUCCUGAGGAACAAUUAGCUGUCAAAGGAAACCCUGAGAAAACUCUGGAAAAGACAGUCCAAGAAGAGGAUGUCCCCAAAAAUGAUCAUGACAGGCAGACUGUAGCAGAAUUCGACGCUCCAACGAGUGAAGCUUCUGAAGACGAUUCUCCUCCUCAUCCAGGAUUAAAUGCUGCCAAUAAGGGUGAUGACACUGACAUGGAGACUGAGGUCGACGAUGACCAUGAAGAAGAAACUGCUAAAGAUAAGGAUGACCAGUCGAAACAACCAGAUGGUGGACAGACUUUAGGACGAAGCACUCAACCCGCUCCCGACCAGACCAAAGGAAGUGCCAUAUCAACUGGUUCGACUGGUUUCUCUCGCGAAGAGCUUGAGAGUCUUAAAGUGCAGAAACCCUUAGAAUAUCUGAAGGCCAUGCUUAGCGCUCGUUUUAAUUUUCAAGAUUCUUCGCAAAGCAGUUCGACUACCUCUGGGGCCACUUCUGAAGCACCAUCUCUUGACAACAUCUUGACCAAGAUUAAGACAAAAAUCCUUGAUGUUGAUUUGUUCAAAGUUUUAGAAGAAAGCCAAAGAUCCAUUGUUAAGACAACUAAAAAAGAUUCAUCAAGUACUCCAACUGCCAAACUUCAGUCGAAGGAUACAGAGAGUGGGAAAUCUAGUUUUAAUACUGAGAUUCCUGAGACAGUCCAAGAAGAGGAUGUCCCCAAAAAUGAUCAUGACAGGCAGACUGUAGCAGAAUUCGAUGCUCCAACGAGUGAAGCUUCUGAAGACGAUUAUCCUCCUCAUCCAGGAUUAAAUGCUGCCAAUAAGGGUGAUAACACUGACAUGGAGACUGAGGUCGACGAUGACCAUGAAAAAGAAACUACUAAAGAUAAGGAUGACCAGUCGAAACAACCAGAUGGUGGACAGACUUUAGGACGAAGCACUCAACCCGCUCCCGACCAGACCAAAGGAAGUGCCAUAUCAACUGGUUCGACUGGUUUCUCUCGCGAAGAGCUUGAGAGUCUUAAAGUGCAGAAACCCUUAGAAUAUCUGAAGGCCAUGCUUAGCGCUCAUUUUAAUUUUCAAGAUUCUUCGCAAAGCAGUUCGACUACCUCUGGGGCCACUUCUGAAGCGCCAUCUCUUGACAACAUCUUGACCAAGAUUAAGACGAAAAUCCUUGAUGUUGAUUUGUUCAAAGUUUUAGAAGAAAGCACCACUGCUCUUAUUGAACUCAAGAAGAUUUUGAAACAAAUAAACGUCUUGGAAACUUCUGCCGAGGUUGGCAGUUUUGUGAUGGAGCUGAUGACCCUCAUUGACUUGGCAACUGCAGACCUUCAUCGUCAAAGAGAUCUCUCCCAGCAAAUCUCCACAAAAUCUGAGACUCAAGUUGCUGAAUGGGAUGCUGUUGCAACUUCGACUGACAAAGUUUGA